AGUUCUUACACAAAAUCCACUGAAACCCAUUUGAGGUUGAGACCAAACCAAACUAACAAGGAUCAUUCAUGGCUUGGUUAAGAAACCUCUCAAAGUUUGCCACCAUGAAAAGAGCAUCAUCAUCAUCUCAAAGACCCAAAAACACUGACCCAUUUUGUCUAUUACCCUCCUUCACUUUUUUUUCCAACUUCAGCACUAACACCAUUGAGGAGAAGCCCUGUGUGAAGCCAGUUGAGUAUAAUAAUUAUUCGGGCUUGCAGCCAACAAGGCCUCAUGAGAAGCCACGUGUGGUGGUGCUGGGCUCAGGUUGGGCCGGGUGCAGGCUCAUGAAGGGCUUGGACCCUCGUGUGUAUGACAUUGUUUGUGUCUCACCUCGCAACCACAUGGUCUUCACCCCUCUAUUAGCCUCUACUUGUGUUGGAACUCUUGAGUUUAGAUCCGUUGCUGAACCCAUUGGGAGGAUCCAACCAGCUAUUUCUAGAGAGCCUGGUUCUUAUUUCUUCCUCGCCAAUUGUACUCAAAUUGAUGCACAUAACCAUAUGGUGCACUGUGAGACUGUAACCGAAGGAGUAGAGACAAUAGCUCCCUGGAAAUUCACAAUCUCAUAUGACAAGCUGGUAAUUGCAUUAGGGUCACAGCCUUCCACUUUUGGAAUUCAAGGAGUCAAAGAACAUGCCAUCUUUCUUCGUGAAGUUCACCAUGCACAGGAAAUUCGUAGGAAGCUGCUCCUGAACUUGAUGCUGUCUGAUGUUCCAGGUAUUUCAGAAGAGGAGAAGCAAAGGCUUUUACAUUGUGUGGUUGUGGGGGGUGGUCCUACUGGAGUAGAAUUCAGUGGUGAGCUUAGCGAUUUUAUCACGAAAGAUGUUCGUCAGAGAUAUGUCCAUGUAAAGGAUUACAUCCGUGUCACUUUAAUUGAGGCAAAUGAGAUAUUGUCUUCCUUUGAUGACCGGCUUAGGCGCUAUGCUACCAAGCAAUUGACAAAGUCAGGAGUUCGUCUUGUUCGUGGCAUUGUGAAAGAUGUUAAACCUCAGAAGAUUUCCCUUAAUGAUGGCUCUGAGGUUCCAUACGGGUUGUUGGUAUGGUCCACUGGUGUUGGUCCAUUGCCUAUGAUUCAAUCUUUGGAUCUCCCAAAAGCUCCUGGUGGGAGGAUUGGUGUUGAUGAGUGGCUCCGUGUUCCUUCGGUACAAGAUGUGUUCUCAAUAGGAGACUGCAGUGGAUUUGUUGAAAGUACUGGAAGACAAACACUUCCUGCAUUAGCCCAAGUUGCAGAGAGGCAAGGUAAAUAUUUAGCAGCUCUACUAAACAAAAUUGGAAAAGCAGGUGCAGGCCAUGCAAACAGUGCAAAAGAAAUAGAGUUUGGGGAUCCAUUUGUUUAUAGGCACCUUGGAAGCAUGGCAACUAUUGGUAGAUAUAAGGCCCUUGUUGAUCUUAGACAGACCAAGGAGGCAAAAGGGUUGGCUCUGGCAGGAUUUCUGAGUUUUUUUAUUUGGCGCUCGGCAUACAUCACGCGUGUUAUCAGCUGGAGGAACAGAUUCUAUGUACUUGUCAACUGGAUUACAACUGUGGUAUUUGGCCGCGAUAUAAGCAGAUUAUGAAAAUCAUAAGGGGUUCUUCAUAGAAGCAAGUAACUAUCAAGUCAUCAAGAGAUGAACAUUUGCUGCACUAGUUCAUGACAGCAAUGGAACUGCACUAGUUCAUGACAUUUACUGGAUGUGUUCCAUUUGAUAAAAACAUUUGCAAAUGAAAGAGGAUAUUGAGGAACGUGCUUGAGGGACAAGGCAAUGAAACUUGCAUCUUGAAACCAACGUAGAUUAUUUGUACACAUUUUUCUCUUGUAGCGUCUCAUCAAUCAGAAAUGUAGCCAUCCUAAGUCUUUUUGUACAUAUUGAAAACCAAGAAAGAAAUUUUCAUGUUCAUGUACUGUUCAUGAAAUGUGUGAUCAGUGAUCACAAUAUCAGUUCAGCUGUUCGGUUACCUAAAUUUUCAUGAUCUCUUUUCUAUCAGAAGAUUAUUGAAUCACAA